UUCCUUAUUAUCUUUCCAGGUUGGAGCGAACGCUGGUGUUGUUGGUAUGACGAAAGAACACCUGGGCCUGGCCUUAGCUCUAAACGUCCCUGUAUUUGUUGUAGUUACCAAAAUUGACAUGUGCCCGCCCAAUGUCCUACAGGAUACUCUUAAGCUUCUUCACAAAAUUUUAAAGUCACCGGGAUGUCGGAAGGUUCCUCUGUUAGUUCGCAAUGCUGAAGAUGUUGUUGUGUCUGCGACUAAUUUUGUUUCAGAAAGAUUAUGUCCAAUAUUUCAGGUCUCAAAUGUAUCUGGAGACAAUCUUGACCUCUUGACCAUGUUCCUUAAUCUUUUAUCGUCUAGAACGCCGCAAAAUGAUAAUGAACCGGCUCAAUUUCAGAUUGAUGACACUUACCAAGUUCCAGGCGUGGGUGUGGUAGUAUCAGGGACUUGCAUGAAGGGGGUCAUCAGAGUCAAUGAUACCUUAUUACUAGGACCAAAUGGUCUGGGCGAUUUCAUCCCCAUGCCUAUCAAGUCUAUUCAUCGCAAGCGUAUGCCAGUCAGGGAAGUGAGAGGGGGCCAGACGGCAUCUUUUGCACUUAAGAAAAUUAAAAUUACAGAAGUGCGCAAGGGUCAGGUGCUUCUUGACCCUUCUCUAAACCCAUCUUCAUGCUGGGAGUUUAAGGGAGAAAUAUUGGUUUUACAUCACCCAACAACCAUCAGUACAAAAUACCAGGCUAUGGUCCAUGUAGGAUCAGUUCGACAGACUGCCUCUAUAAUCUCUAUGGAUAAGGAGUGUUUACGAACAGGAGACAAAGCACAAGUGAUGUUUCGCUUUAUUAAACAUCCUGAAUACCUCAAAAAGGGCUUGAAGAUGGUAUUCCGAGAGGGUCGUACUAAGGCUGUAGGUCGGGUAUUGGAGGUCAUUCCCAAAAUGGCAUCAUUACAGCACCAGAAGAAUCAUAAAAUUAUGAAGAUGGUGAAACAGAAUGGCGCAGGAAAUGACAGUGGUCAACCUGUUGGGGGUACACAGGAGAAGCAGGCGGGGGGUGCAGAUGGGAGCACGGUGCAGCACCCAGGGGGCGGUUAUGGGGGCAGUAAGAAACAGCGUAGUCGACGAGGGGGUAAACACAGAUCUAGAGGGAAUAACAAUGCUGCAGUUGGCAAUGCUGGAUUGCAGAAUCCCACUUCCCAAGUUGCAGCAGUAUCUCCUCCAGCUUCAGGAGUACCUCCUGUUGUUAGUGGUACUUCAGUUCCAAAUUCUGCAGUGGGGACUCAGCCAAUGCCAGAGAGCUGCAAAUCGCCACGCACUGCAGCUCAAGUGUCUGUGUGAACCCUCCCAUGACUGUGAAAGGUAUUGAAAAUUUAUGUCUGGCUAAAGUCAAAGAAAUAAUAUUUUUCUUUCGUAUUUAAAGCACAGCAUUGCACAGCAAAAUGUGUAUAGUACACUGAAAUUUGUCUUGGAAAACUGUCCACUCUAGGUCCAUUUUCAAUUGAAUCUAAUUCUUUGUUUCGUCAAGUUUGUCACCUAAGGCCUUUGUUUCUGAUGAGUCACAGUUGUUACCUGAUUUUUGAAGAGGAUCGUAUUUGCUUUCUGUUGCUUGCCACUUGUACUUCAUUGAUGUUGAACGAGACUAUGGAAUAUCAAGAUGAUUGUUAAGAUGGUUUUUGGCAUUUUACAGAACAUGUACAGUUUCGAUUUCCUAGAUACAUACAGUAUGUAAAAGUUGGCUGAAAGAGUGAUGUCUUUUAAUAAAUUCUUUAUGCAGUGAAUGUAUGAACGUCUCAGUGCAUUGUCAAAUUGAUCAUAAUUUUUUAAGUUCUUACUUUAGAUAUUUUUACCUAAGUAUUGUGAAAGUUUUAGGUUUGCUGCAGUUUUGUGUCAGGUUCCUGUGACAAUCUUAUGUGGUUUCUAAGUGACAGCACUUCAGAGAGUAAGUUGAGGGUCAUUUAAAUGAAAAACAGUUUUCAUUUUAAACUUCAGUACAGUAUAUGGUUUAUGUUAUUUUUUAUUUUCAGAUUUCUUUGAUUUAUUGUUUAACUUUUCCUAUCUUGUAGGAACACUUUCUAUAAUUUAUUAUUAUUAUUUAUGUAAUUUUUUUCAUUUCAAGUGAAAUGAAGUCAAGCUGUUUGAUGUCAUCUGAUAAAGAUUUUAGUUAUUAAUUCAUAUUGCCUUUGCUUUUCAUAUCAUCCAUCAUUAAAGUUUGUAUGAAUGAUUCAUCUAUAUUAGAGUGCCAAGAAAACCAUGAAGUUAUUAUCCUGUGCAAAGCAGAUUUAGGAAUGCCAUUAGAGUCAAGUUUUGAAUGAUGUUAUAUUCUAUAAUAUAUUGUUUAAAUUAAUUGGCUUUGUGCAUAGCACUCAGAGGAUACAUUUUGUGAUUUUGACUUAAAGUUUUCAUUUCCUUUCUGAUACAUAUUUCAUUUAAUGUUACUUCACUUUAGGCCACUGUGAUGACUGCUUCUUAGGAUAUGAAAUACAAUAUGGGUGUCCAUUUGCCCGGAACAAUACUUGAUGCUUUAAAGAUACCCAUGGAAGGAUUUUUUCUGGUCUUUGGAAGAUUCCCUUCCAAUGAUAUUGAUAAAUAUAAAAUUAUCCAUUGAUAAAUAGAGUUUCAUUGGAAUUACAGACAUUCUUAUACUAGUUCGAAGUUAGACUGCCUUCUACUGGUCAAGAAGGUUUGACUGUCUUCUGAUUGAUAUGGCUGAUGCUUAACCAGUUGAACUUGAAGAUUUCAGUUUUUCCAUUGACUCAUGUUUUAGAUUACGAAUUUGUGCUUGUCAGUUAUGUCGUAGCAUAUUAAAUGCUAACUAAGAUUCUUGGUUUUGUCAUGUUUUGGAAGUUGGUCCAUCAUCAUCCAGGAGAAACUUUAAUUAUCAACAUCUUACCUUUUUAGUGGAAACAAAAAGUAAUGGGUAUUUCUGACAUUUGUGAAUGGUAUUGCCUAUGUUUUUUAUUACUACGUAUUGUUUAUUACUAUACGUAUUGAGGUGGCUGAGAAUGUAACAAAACAUUGUUUCUUCUAAUUAACUGAACCUAACUACUGUAUGUUAAUUAUUCAAAGGGAUAUUAAUUCUGUCAAACUCCUGUAUUCUUGUCAUGAUUAUGUUGUUUACAAGAGAAUGGAAGAAAUUUGCAAAAGUAAAAGUCAUUUAGGUAAAAAUGGUCCAUUAAGGCUCCUUUAUUGUUUGUUAGUGUGAUUCAUCCUUCAUGUAACUCUGGCAUAAAACUGCCAAGUAGUGGAGAGCUUGUUUGUUUAGGUACCUUGCUAGAAAGUGUGUCCGCCAACUGCUUAGUGAUUUUUUAGCAUUACGGUACUUACGUAGCAGAAAGAACCAAUAACUAAUGCAAUUUAUUUCUGGUUUUAGGUAUACGUUAUUUACCUCAUUUAAGUCGUAAAUGAUCUAAGAUGUCUGUCUGAAAUUCUUUCCUUAUCGAGUCAUAUUCCUUUUUCUAUUGUGUUCUACCAGAGGUAGGUGGUGGGAAUGUAGUGAACAUCUUUUUUAGUUUUCAGAGUUGUUAGGAGUGGUGCUUAGAGAACAUGGAAAUAAAAAUACAUUAGCUAAUAUGGAUUCCAGCCUUUUGUAAAUGUUUUAGAUCACUCUUUCCUUGUGUAGGCAGACAAAACAUUAUUUCUCCUAGUUCUUCUUUGUCCAGUGCUCUUUCUGCAUGAUCUCUCAGGAGGUUUAGGUCUUCUUCUGCCCCUUUCUUCAUGAUUGCCUGGGUUGUCCUCCUUCAAAUUGUUGUCCUGCUAUUGCUUUUUUGAGCAAGGACAUAACCAUGUCAACUUUUAAGAUAUUAACUUUUUUUUUUGAGCCUCAUGACUUUCAUCUAAUUUUUGGAUUUUGAUCAUCAUUAAAUAGUCUCAGAAGGAAGUUUGGUUCUGAUUUGGUUAAAAUAAAUUUACAAUAGCUAUUCUUUGCUUGACUUUAGUUCUAGUUUUGCUUUGUUUUUCUCAUUGAUUUAUAAUCAUAUGGACAUUUUCAUUGAUACAGUUAAUAGUUGUUCCAUAUAUUUGGUUUAACUUCUAAUUUCUGAGCCAUUGAUUUAUAAUCAUAUCCACAUUUUCAUUAUAUUUUGUUUAACUUCUACUAAUUUCUGAGCCAUUGAUUCAUGACAUUAUACCUCUUUGCAUGGUUAUGUGAAGGGUAAGUUAGAGCAAAUCUGUUCAGUUGAUGUAUUCUAAUCAAUUAUUAUUUCAGUGCAUUAUUACAGUUGCAAUUAUGUUUUUUCACUUUUGAAUCCUAUGAAAAUAUAUGCAGGAAGAUGAUGAUAUGCUUAGUAUGAAUCACACAACAGUUUAUGUGUGAUUAUAGUAUGUCUGUUACAUCAACAUCAAGUAACCUAGUACACACACAAGUCUUGUGGUGGCUAAGUCUGUUGCUGGUAUAUGGAAGGCAGUAAUUACCUAUCUAAUAUCUGUCAUACUGGUAUGAUGAGUACUCUGGAAUGUUUUGUAGAAUGGUUUUGAUGGUGAUUGAGUGGUGAUUAAGAUGCCCUUUUUCAUCUGAUUAAUAAAUACCUCAGUAUAAUAUUCCUGAGAUUUUUACAUUUUGGAAUUCAUUUGUUAUUCACCAGAGAUAAGGACAUGUAAUUUUUGAAAAGUAUCUGAUAUUUUAUCACAAUGUUAAUUAUAAAAUAUUUUUAAACAUUAUUGUAAAAGUAUUUAAGAAAGAAGAUUGUGAUCUAGAUAUUAUCGUUGUAUCUCGCUGCAUUUGGCAAUUAUAUUGGGUAAGAAUUUUUAUAAAUAAUUUUUGAUAACUUGUUUCUUUCAGCUUCUACCAUUCAUGCAGUCAUGAAUCUUUUUUGAACUCUUUUGGUAGAUCGUUAUGUCAAAAAAUUACCUGAACUUGUGGAGAGUUUUAGUAGAAAUUUGAAAUGUCAGAAUGCAAGUGCAUGUAGUUUGUUUUGAUUUUCUUGUUAAUCAUUAAAUAGCGUCAAAUUUUGUUUCAAGGUACCAGGCAUUGCUUGCAGUAACAGAAUCCCAAAAUAUGUUGGAGAAUUUAAUUGUUGCCUAAUUUCAGUGAUAAAUCUUGUUAUUGCAUAUUUCAUUUUAGUCACAUCAAAUUGACAAGUUGUGAGUUUUUCUUUUAUCAAAUGUUUCUCACUUUAGGUCUUACCAGACAGCAGAGUUGUCUUGUAUUAUUUUGAUAAUUGUUCUGAUUGACACAUGUGUAUAACACUGUUGUUAAAAUUUUGCAUGAUUUAAUUGAAGCAGUUGUAAUCUGAGUUGAAGAUUGAAACUCAGUGGUCAUAUCAAGUUACUUGAUAAUAAUUAAAUUAUUUGAUAUAAUUUUUUCGUAAACUUAAAUGAAAAAAUAAGGUCCUCAGUAGUAUGUAUGUAUGUACGUUUAUUGCUAUAUACAGGAAGCUUUUGCCAACUUGAUCAUUGGCCUCUUCACAACUGAUCAAGUUGGCAAAAGCCCUCUGUAUAUAUGUAUUAAUAUACAUACAUACUAUUGCAGACUUUAUUUUGCAAUAUUAAAUUAUAUUUGUGCAAUAUUUUUCACAUGAUUGUAGUUUAUAUCUGUUAUAUUCCUUUUUUUUGUACUAUUUGUUUUAAGUCUCCUUUUUUCCUCAUGUUUUCACAGAGCCAAUCUUUAUUAUGUUUGAAAGCCUUUAUUUCAUUGGGCCUUUGGUGGAAUUAGUUAGUGUUUAUCAUUGCUUAAGUGACUUGAAAUUGAUUUGAAAUUUAGAACUGUGUGUGCCAGUUGCAAGUUCACAAAAUAAAAGCCAGACGUCAUUAAUGUUGCUCUUGUUUCAACACAUUGCUGUGCUUCUUGUAUAUUGUAAAGCGGAGCGAAUGUUUUGUCUCACAGAAUUUACAGUCUAACACUAGAUUAUCAAAGAUCUCAUUAAUCUAAAUUGCACUGUUGUACAAUGAAUAAAAAAAAACACUUUUUGAAGGUGAGACCUAAUGAAAGGUCCUUUUAUUUCUUCUUCUACCUGAUGUACCAUUAUCAGACACGCAUCAAGUGUCCCAGGCCACAUCACUUCCCUGUAUUUUUAGAUACAGAGGUAAAGUAAAUGAUUUAUUGAUGCUGCAGUGAGAAAGGUGUGUUGCUAAGAGAAUAGACAAUUUUUUUUUUCGAGUUUGGUAGGGCUAUAGAUCUUUUGGAAUCAGAAUUUCAAGCUUUUUUUUUUUUGGAAUAUUUAAGGGUUUUGUAAAAGCAAGAAAGAUAUGAACUGUUAAGGGCACUCAUGCCUAAAACUGGCUAGGAUUGGUAUUUAUUUUAUCCGAGUGAAUAUUUUACCUUUUUAUCUAGGCAUAGGGAUUGCAACUUAUGGUUGUAUGAUGUGAUAAAAUUAAAUAUUUUAAAAUUUU